AAUCGUUGUCACCUCAGCUCCGCAGCAGCUAUAAAAGGGCCUUGACGCCGUGACGGGAAUUUCUCGUGGAUGGCAUCGUCGUGCCGGUGCUCGCUUCUCCUCCUGAAUCACCACCGCCCGAUCCUCCAUCAUCGUCCCUCCAAAGCUCGCGAAUUCUCUCCCGCUUCCGCCUCGCUCCGCCUUCUUCGCUGGCCCCGUGAUCUCCCCAAGCGGAUUCGCUCCGAUUAUUCGGGCUCGCCGCCGUCUUCCUCCUCCUCCUCCUCCUCCUCGCCGUCGCCGUCGCCGUCGUCCAUGGAAGCUCCUCCCGAAGGUUACAGGCGCAACGUCGGCAUCUGCCUCGUCAAUUCCUCCAAGAAGAUUUUCGCUGCUUCGAGGCUCGAUGUCCGUGACGCCUGGCAAAUGCCGCAGGGCGGAAUUGACGAUGGUGAAGAUCCGAGACAUGCGGCCAUGAGGGAACUAAGAGAAGAAACGGGAGUCUCGUCGGCUGAAAUUUUGGCGGAGGUUCCUUACUGGUUGACAUAUGACUUUCCUCCAGAUGUUAGGGAAAAACUCAAAAUCCAGUGGGGAUCAGACUGGAAAGGCCAAGCACAAAAGUGGUUUCUUAUGAAAUUUACGGGGAAAGAUGAAGAAAUCAACCUCUUGGGGGAUGGCACCGAGAAACCUGAGUUUGGCGAGUGGUCGUGGAUCUCGCCUGACCAGAUAAUUGAACUUGCAGUGGUAUUCAAGAAACCUGUUUACAAGGAAGUUUUGAAUGUAUUUGCUCCGCAUCUUCAAUGAUGGCCUGCCUCACGACGUCAUAGUCACGAGAGAGAAAUUGUACAAUAACCACCUCCGAUCGGAUGGAUACACGAUACUCGCCCACCAAUGAGUUUUCACGUAUUUACAUACCAGCUUUAUUUUACACUUGUACGGAUCAAGUAUGUUUAUGAAAGUCCGUCGGAAGGAAUGAGACGAGACAGUGCGAUUCAUUUGUCCUA